AUGGGCAAUGCUAAGGCCAGAGAAGGUGCAAGAGGUGCAAGAGGCGCAGCAGGAGAGACACGCCACGUGUUGAACAGCAGAUCUAGAUCUAGUAGUUCAGGGUCCGGGUCUUCCUUCUCUCGCUCCUCCUCCUCAUCAGAUGAAACUCCAGAUGAAACGCCGGAGGUUUCAUCUUCUGUGUCAUCUGACUCGCGGUUCAGCUUCUUCGCUCAUCUCGAUGCUGCCGCUGCUCACCUCUCUACCACUGGCCGUAAAUCAAGCUCCGGUCGUGUUUCUUCCUCCCGUUCUCGUGUCUUCCCCACCCCCUCUAGUAUCGCCUCCCACUCUCAUGGCACCCCCUCCCCCUUUCAUUCAAACCGAGCCGUCACACCGAGGCCUGUUGUUACAAAAGCCGUUCUUCCCUCACCUGCUGUUACCACACCUGGUGUUACAACACGUACUGUUACCACACGUACUGUACCCUCACCUGCUGUUACCACGCCCGCGGUUACCACACCUGCUGUUACCACACCUGUUGACACCCCCGCACUUCUGACAAGCAAGGGGAAUGCUGCUGCUGCUGCUGCUGCUGCUGCCAUCAGCAGCACCCCCAAAACCAUGACUCAACCUGCCAGCACUCUCAAGGACACUGAUAGUAACAUCCCCACAACCGUUACUGUCACAGCAACACCCGUUACUAUCACCCCUACAAGCAUUACAAGCACACCCAUGGUAGCUGCCCAAGAGAAACAGGCUCGUUCUCAACAGCAGCAGAGGGAAGCAGCCGCCCGGCAGAAGGAAGCUGCCGCCCAGCAACAAAAGGCUGCCGCCCAACAGAAGGAAGCAGCCGCCCAGGAAGCUGCUGCCCAACAGAGACAAACUGCCGCCCAGCAGAACGAAGCAGCCGCCCAGAAGGAAGCAGCCGCCCAGAAGGAAGCAGCCGCCCAGAAGGAAGCAGCCGCCCAGAAGGAAGCAGCCGCCCAGAAGGAAGCAGCCGCCCAGCAGAGACAAGCUGCCGCCCAGCAGCAAAAGGCUGCCGCCCAACAGAAGGAGGCUGCCGCCCAGCAGAAGGAAGCUGCCGCCCAGAAGCAAAAGACUGCCGCCCAGGAGCAACAAAACCUUGCCGCCCAGCAGCAACAAACAGGCCCGAAAACCCGAACCCCCAAACCUUUCUACGAACGGAUGAGCGCCAGGUGGCACGUAACGCCGUUACCGCGCGUGCAUGGCGCGUACCUGUUACAGCAGAAGCGCGAUUACUCGUGCAUGUUACUUGUUCAGGACCUGUGCUACCUGUUUAUGGCGGGUAAAGGGGCGUACCAUAACGCGUACACAGGUGUUUGGUUUGUGAGGGAGGCUAUGAGUGAGAAUAGCUCGGAGUUAGUGGGGCCAUACUCGCCUGACUGGAAGAAGCCAAGGGGAGUGACCAAGGGAAGCAGCAGAAGGAGGCUAUUAAGUAGUGGCGGAGGGUCGGAGCUAGUGGGGCCAUAUUCGCCUGAGGAACAGGAGGAGCAGGAGCGGCAGAGGGAGCAGAAGGUGGGGGGAGAGGGGGAGGGAGGGGAAGAGGGGGAGGGAGGGGAAGCGGGGCAGGGAGAAGUGCAUGCAAGCGAGUUUCUGAGUGAGGGUUUAGAUCACGGUGCAAGCAGGCAGAGGAGGAGGCUGCUAGGACGAGCAGCAGGAGAAGGAAGCAGCAGCGGAGGGGGUUGGUUCAGCCGUUUUCCUGGGCUCAAAGAGGGCAAAGCAGGAGCAGGGGGAUUCAUGAAUACAGGCCACUACCGUGACCUGUCCAAGCUAGAUCUAGGCAAGAGCAUGUGCUCUGUUUUCAAGCCUGGGAAAGAAUUGGAUACCACACCCCUUUUCUCGGAUUCCCACGAUCUCCCGAUCCUGAAGCUCCGGCAGAAUAAAACGUACGGGAGAUUUUUAGGGCACCCCGCGCUCGGGCAGUUCAUCGCGGAGAGCAGCCCGACUGCCCGGAAAAAGCUGCUGAAGAACAACCCAAAUGAUUUUCGGAGGCGGGUGGGGAUUGUCGGGAGGUACGACACUCACAUCGGGCAUUUCGGCGAGUUUGCUGUGGCGAUGUGGGAAGUUUCCCGGCACUUUCCAAGGGAGGGGGCGUUUGGGGAGGACGAGGAGGCCGAGUGGGGGGAUGCCAAGGUGGGAGGGCCGAGGGCGCUGGGGGAGAAAUGGAGUGAGAAGGAGAGGUCUAGGAGGCGGCAGCGGUGGAGGAGGAGGGAGAAGGAGGGAGCGGAGCUCUCGCUGUUCUUUCCCAGCGAGAAAACGAUCAGGAGCAAAUGGACGGCUGGGAUCGCUCAGAUGCUUUUCGGGCCGGCGUCGGAGGUUUUAGCUGGGCACAGGGAGGGCCGGCCUGUGUGCUUCGAUCAGGUGGCGUUUGUGCUGAAUGCUCGGCAUUUAAACUCGUCUGCUCAGGGGUUUAAGGAGGAGGCUUGGGGUCUGGCAGAGGUUGCUGCGAAGGUGUUUCAGCGGAGGGAGGAGAAUGGGGUGACAGGGGAUGGGAACGGGGAUUUUGAGGUGGAGGAGGAGAUGGAGAUGGGGGAGGAGGAGCAGGAGAAGCAACGAAGAGCCGAAGCCGAGCCGGCAAGUAAAACCAAGGAGAGCCGAGAGGAGGAGAGUGAGAAGAGGUUUCGGGAGGAGGUGAUUCAGCGAGAGAGAACGCACGCGCUCGCACGCGUGGUGAUCCGGCAGGGAGACGAGGUCUUAAACGCGGCUUUAAGGGGGCACGACUUUGAGAGAAAGAUGGAAGUAACAGUGGUGGAGAGGGAGGAGCAGCGCACAGUGAGCAACAUGGGGGAGGUGUCGUGGCAUGUGAAGGACCUCUUUCCCCGCCUGCUUACUAACCAAUACCACCUUUCUGACUCGCCCCUGCUCGAGCAGAUGGCACUGUUCCAGGUGGGUGCUGUUUCAGGUGUUCUGCUCGUUCAGGUGAGACAGAAGGGGCUGCUGUAUCAGGUGCUCUUCCAGCUAUUAGGGUCACUGUUUCAGGUGGGCAAGGUGGGGUUGAGAGUGGUGGGGUGGCAUGUGAAGGACCUCUUCCCCUGCCACCUCACCAACCAAUACCACCUUGCCGACUCACCGCUGCUCGAGCAGAUGGCUCUCUUCCAGGUGGGUUCUCAGGUGCUAUAUCAGAUGGGGUAUCAGGUGCUGCUUCAGGUUGGAGGGACUCUGCUUCAGCACACAGCUCUGUUCAUCAGCAUGCCCGGCGCCUCCCUCAGCAACCUCAUCUUUGACAUACCUCAGCAAACCCCAUCCCACCCACCACUUCUCCCUCCAUCUUCCUCCCCUCCCCCAUCCAUCCCCCCCCCCGCAGCACACAGCUCUCACACGGCGCUGCUCAUCAGCAUGCACGGCGCCUCCUUCAGCAACCUCAUCUUUGACAUACCUCAACCCAUCCCUCCCCCAACUUCUCCCUCUAUCUCUCACGCCCUUCCCCUUCCCACACACAGCACACGGCGCUAUUCAUCAGCAUGCAUGGCGCCUCCCUCAGCAACCUCAUCUUCCUCCCACGUGGCAGCACCAUUUUCGAGCUAUUCCCCCUCAAAUUCCACUCCCACCCACGCCUACAAGAACCCCGCUUGA